GGAUCGAUUUGCUUACAUAAUAGUCCUUUUCCAGUUCCUACUCCUGUUUCCCCUAAAAUAAGACCGCCCCUGAUAAUAAGCCCAAUGGGGCUUUUGAGUGCAUGUGCCAAAAUAACCCCCCUCCUGAAAAUAAGCCCUCCCCAAAAAUAUUUAAUUGCAUGUGCAGCAAGUCCCCGCCAUUUCCUCUGACUAGGGUUAGGGAGACAGAGCUGGAAAUCACGUAAGAUGACAAGAGGAGCCCUGUCUUGCUCCACACCCUCCAAAAUAAUAAGACCUCCUCGAAAAUAAGGCCAAGCGCUUAUUUCGCGGUUCAAAAAAAUAUAAGACAGGGUCUUAUUUUCGGGCAAACACGAUAAUUUCUACCUCUGUUAUCCAACCAUUGAUAAAACAAGGCCCAUGUUUGAAAGUAUUCUGUAUCUUCUUUUUCUUUUAUCUUUAAUGUCAAUCUGUCAAUUUCUGCACAGUCUAGUUUUUUUCUUUUUUUAAAUUGCAGCUUCUUCUGUAGGUGUUCCUUCAUUUUUCCAGUUUGGUGGUUUCCUUGCAGAUGUUUCAUGACCCAAGUAGGUAACGUCAUCAAUGCUAGGUGAUGAUGAUAGCCCUGAUGAGGUUACCUAGUUGGGUCAUGAAACGUCUGCAAGAAAACCACCCAGCUCAGAGAGCACCAAAAGACCCCACAGUUCAGGAAAAUUUGGUUAAAGAAGCUAUGGGGGCUGGAUGUGACCUCCACUAAACUAUCAUCUGGAGUUUUUUUGUUUGUUUAGCAAGUUGUCUGAUCUUGAUGCUCGUGGUGUUCAAACUGUUCUGACCUAGGCUUCCCCUUGUCCGGACAAAACUCCCUUUUAUUUAAUUUACAGCGAAUUCCUCUCCAGCAAAGUCUUUCCUCUCCCACAGUCUUUCAAGAUAGCUCACAAUUACUUUUAUCAGGCUUGGAGAGUGGCCAGGUUGAUAUCUUUCAGACGCCUGCAAUACUUGGCAAGAAUGCAGGAAUGAACUAAUUGUCUCUUGCAAACUCCCCUCCCCUUUCGCUCCUCUUUUAUUCCCUCUGGGAGGGGCCAUUCAUUGUCCACCUGUGGCCUUACUCCUGAGUCGACCCUUGUUCUUUAGCUGUUCCCUGCGCCUGGCAACUCUGUGUAUGAGCACACUGGGAACAGGCUCCAGCUGUUUGUCUGCCUCACUGAUGUCUGACUCCGAAGGCAGCUGAUAACUGGCAUACGGCCCUGGCUCCCUCUCUGCCUCCGAUGCAGAGCCCUCAUCAGAGCCUUCCCCAGACUCCAGGACCGGCCCAAGUUCCUCCCCAACCUCGUCACUGUCUGAAUCUGCUGCCAGAUCCGCUGGCUGCUGGUGGACUACAAAACAAGCCGUGAUUGAGGAGGAGUCGGCUAAUUGCAGCUUAGCUGACAAAGCAGAGCUUGGAUGAACGAGUUGGUUGCAACCGCUGGCCUUUCUCUUCCUCGUUUUCUAGCAAUCAUCGAUGAGCUGAUUAAAGAAGACGGUUUUGGUGAGGACCCAGGAUCCGCCCGGGUGUCGUUGAACGGCCCCCCCAAGUUGAUUCCCAGGAGCACCGACUUCACCCCGCCGGGGGAGAUGCCGAGAGCUGGAAGGAUGAGCCUUUUGCACAACGGGCUGGAGACUUACGGGGUCUUGGGAUCCCCUGUCCCGGGUUCACCCCAGGAUUCCUUCCCCCAACAGCUGUCCCAGACCCUCAAUAACUUGUCCUUGCGGCCCCAGCUGGUCCCAAGAAGGCUGCUGCCCUCCAGCCGGGAUUUGGAUGCUCCUUGGACAGCUCCUGGCCCUUCGGGGAGCUCCACGGUGGCCCCAGAGCCUCUGGAUGACGCCAUGCGGGAGCCCCCCAAGCUGGUGAUCGUAGAGCAGCCGAAACAACGAGGGAUGCGCUUCCGGUAUCAGUGCGAAGGACGGUCAGCCGGGAGCAUUUUGGGAGAAGGGAGCAGCGAGACCAACAAAACGUUGCCCACCAUUGAGCUGCAAAACUUUGAAGGGAUUCCGGAAGUGAAAGUGACGGCUUGCUUGGUCUGGAAGGACUGGCCUUAUCGGAUCCAUCCACACAGCCUGGUAGGGAAGGAUUGCAGCAACGGGCUCUGUGAAGUGACCCUGAAGCCUCGAAUCAAUGCCAGGCAUAGCUUUAACAAUCUCGGGAUCCAGUGUGUGAAGAAGAAGGACAUAGAAGAGUCCAUAGAAAAGAAGCUACAACUGGGAAUUGAUCCUUUUAAAGCUGGUUCACUGAAGAAUCACCAAGAGGUUGACAUGAAUGUGGUGCGCCUCUGUUUCCAGGCCUCUUAUCAGGAUUCUAUGGGGAAAACAUGGCAUCUCAACCCCGUCCUUUCGGAACCCAUCUUUGACAAAAAGUCCACAAACACAUCCGAACUCAAAAUCUACCGGAUGAACAAAGAACAUGGAAGCUGCACUGGUGGCGAAGAAUUUUACCUGCUGUGUGACAAAGUCCAGAAAGAAGACAUCUCUGUCAUUUUCCGGAAAGAUGCUUGGGAAGGUAGAGCUGAUUUUUCCCAAGCAGACGUCCAUCGGCAGAUUGCCAUCGUCUUCAAGACCCCCCCUUACCAACACCUGGACAUCCUGGAGCCCGUGGAAGUGGAGGUGUACCUGCGUCGCUUGACGGACAGCGUUUCCAGCGAACCAUUCCCGUUCACCUACCUGCCCAAAGACACAGAUACAUACCGGGUCAACAAAAAACGGAAGCAAGGUAUGCCCGAUGUUCUGGAAGAACUUUCUGGCCCAGAUCCUCACGGGAUCGAAGCAAAAAGGAAGAAGAAGAAGCCUGAUUAUCUGGAUCACUUCAACUUGACUCCUUCAGCAGACUUCUCCCUGCCCUCUCCAGAAGACCGAGGUUUCCUGGCCAGCAUGGAACGUAUCGCGCUGCCGGAUCUCUUCGAGGAAUUUGGUCGGUUUUCCGGAUUUUCACCUUACGGCGGCCCCAGCUUGAGCGACGUGGUCCUGCCUUCCGCUACGAACUACACAGAGAGAGCAGAACAGGAGUUCUUACUCGAUGCUUAUUCGGUCCAUUCGGGCAUCACCGUCCCUCUGGCGUUGCCCGGGGACCCCGAGCCCGAAGGUGUGGCCACCUUGGUGGGAAGCAGUAUGUUCCCCAGCCAGUACAAAGAGGACGAAGAAGAUCUAGAAAUGGAGAAGCUGGCAGAUCUCUGAUGGAAGGGCCGUUAGUCUCUCCGUUUUGGGAGAAGCCAACAAAAGAUUUAUUUCCUUGCCGACCACCGAAGGAGGAAAAAGUUGGUAGCGAUCUCUACGGGAGUGCGAGAAGAAGACGUGAAAAAAUAGGGAAAAAGAUGGCACUCAUUGUGGAAUAAAAGAAAAGAAGUUGCAUCCUUAGGCGAGAAGGACCCUCUGCGCGUACUUCCUGUUUUUUUUCUUCCUUGAUUCUCGCAGCGCGUAAACUCCCACGCAGCGAGGACUGGGAUGGGUUUUUGAAUUUCCCGCAAAGCUGCAGGAUGGUUCCCUUGCGUUUUGGCUUAGUGUGAUGCGCGAACCUAGGUUGAAAAAUAAUAUAGGUCGUCCUCGACUUACGAGCACAAUUGAGCCCCCACCAAAUUUCUGUGGCUAAGGGAGACAUGCAUUUGUGAAGUGAGUUUUUUGCCCCAUUUUACGAACUUUCUUGCCACCAUCGUGAAGUUGUUAAGGUCGUCAUUCGGUUUAUUAAGCGAAUCUGGGCUUCCCUCUAUUGAGUUGGCUUGUCAGAAGGUCGCAGAAGGGGAUUAUGUAACUCCGGGACAGUGCAACCGUCAGAAAUAGGAGUCCGUUGCCAGGCGUCUGGAUUUUGAUCACGUGACUAUGGGGACGCUACAACGGUUGUAAGUGUGAAACACGGCCAGAAGACACUUUUUUCGGUAAUCUCAAAAUGGUCGCUGAAUGAACUGUUGUAAGUUGAGGACGACCUGGUAUUUUAGGGCUUAUGUCAUGAUGUCAAAACACAACUGAGGAUAGUUGGUCUAAGACAGAGGUCUGCAAACUUGGCUCUUUUUAAGACUUGUGGACUUCAACUCCCAGAGUUCCUCAGCCAGCAAAGCUCUGGGAGUUGAAGUCCACAAGUCUUAAAGAGCCAAGUUUACAGACCCCUGGUCUAAGAAAUCAGUUAUACACGCCACUGUUUUCAUGCAAUGUGUGUAUCAGUCACUGAACUAUUUCUUAAAAUGUGUGUGUGCACCCACAUAUAAAAAAAACCAAACGUAUAAGUGCCUUUGAGCCAUGCACAAAUGAUGGGGUUUCACUUAAUCCAAGUCAGUCAUUGAAUAUUAUUGGAUUUUGUCCUCUGCACACAUGGUAUAAUAGCAAUACCUCUUCACAGUGCUUUACAGCCCUCUCUAAGCAAUUUACAGAGUCAGCCUCUUGCCCCCAACAA